CUGGAUGAAGCAGGAGACGGGUCACUGAGCUGCAGAGAGCCGGGCGCCACUUUCCUCCGUUCCCCGCAACUCUUGAGUCCCAUGUCCCCGGACAGGAUGCUGCUCAUCGGACUCCUGCUCAGUGUCUUCUCUCAAGGUAGCCUGGCAGUGUCUGCAUCUUUGGACUGUCUGCUGGCGGAGCAGGGCUGCAUGCAGGAGCCGUCCUGCACGGGCAUCUACCGACUCCUGGAGUACUGCGCGGCGGAGGAAGCCGUGUCGCCCCUCGGCUCGGAUGCCCGCCUCGAGUGUCUGGAGGCCCAGAACGCGCUUCAGCAUUAUCGCCCCCUUCAAGUCUGCAAAUGUCAGCGUGGCUCACGCAGGGAGGAACACUGCCUCAAGGUGUACUGGACUGUGAGAUUUGCAGCAUAUGAUGAGUAUGAGGUGUCCCCAUAUGAGGAACUGAAGUUAAAUCUGGUGAGGAACAUCGAGAUGUCUCGUAUGGCCUCCAUCAUGUCAGCUUCCUCUCUUUCUUUGGAUGGCCAAAACCAGUGUCUGAAGGCAGCCCAGGACUGCGGCCUGUAUGAGAAAUGCGGCUCUCUGCGAUCCGAGUACGUCGUGGCGUGCACCAAGCGGGCGACCGCCACCGACAACAGCUGCAACCGCCAGAARUGCCACAAAGCCCUGCGGCGCUUCUUGGAGCGCGUACCAGAGGAGUACAGCUUCGCCCUGCUCUUCUGUCCCUGCUCUGACACGCUGUGCGGAGAGCGGCGGAGGAAAACCAUCGUGCCGUCGUGUUCCUACGAGGAGAACGCGAGAGGGGAGGACAGAGCGGGGAAGCCCAACUGCCUCAGCCUGCAGAACUACUGCUCCAGAGACGAGCUGUGUAGAUCUCGGUUUGCAGAUUUUCAACACAACUGCCAGCCCUCCUCUGUUUCUGCCUCUGGCUGUGUGCGUGAGAGCAGAGCCAUGUGCCUGAAGGCUUACACUGGACUUAUAGGAACCAUCAUGACUCCAAACUAUGUGAGUAACAGCAGCACUGAGGUGUCCCAGUGGUGCACGUGUGAAGGCAGCGGGAACGAUUGGCAGGGCUGUCAGCGCAUCCUGCAUAUGUUCAGCAGCAAUGCGUGUCUGCGCAGCGCCAUCAGCUCCAUGGGAAUCGCUGCUCCUCCUCCGGCGGAGCUCACUCCUGUGCCAGUUUCUCAGCCCUCCCCUCGCGUUCACCAGGAGAGGGUUCCCGUCAGCGUUAACACCCUCCCCGAAUUCAACAGCAUGGACGACAGCGAGGAAGAGGAAGGGGAAGAGGAAGCGAGCGAGGAAUUCAACGUUAUCCCUCCAUACUCUGAGAAGAACUCCAACACCGAAUCGGGUGCCAGAGGAAGUCAGCGGGGGAAAGCUAGCCAAGCGGCGCUUGCAUUGCCAUUACUGCUGCUGCCAACUCUCAUCUUGGGCCGGGAGUGCUGGAACCACUGAGGCUCCGCUCCUAUUGUCAGCUUGCAUUUUCUAAUCGCUACCGCUGUCGAAUCCAUUGCAGCCCUCACAAGUGAACCACGGAGGACAGCGACGCAGAAGAAGUGUACAUGCUCAUGUUUGUCUUUCAUCUCUUAUAACACUUCUAUUUUAAUACACCAACUUGAUUUCUUUUCUUUAUAGUUUUUGCCUCCUGAGCCUUCUCAAGAUAUACAAGAUACCUUUCAUCCUUUAAUGAUUUUUUGCUCGAGURAGUUUCCUUAAAAGGAAGGGAACAACAUGAGCAGAUGUGGAAAAAAAGGGGCCGAUGUGAAAAGUGCUGUCUGGGCAAACGCUCCAUAUAGAGCAGUACUUUUAACAAGAAGCACAUCACCCAAGGCCACGUUCAGCAUACAUGCACUCUAAAACUAAACCCGGGGCUCGGGCACAGUUUCUCAUUUCUAUUUCAUGACUCGUCGUGUCGCAUCCGUUUCUUCGCUGCCCCUUUCCCAUUCCCGUUUUCAUGGUGCAAGCUGAGCAAGAUAAUCCCCUUUAUGAGAAGCUAAUAAGAGAGUAAGCUAAACUGCUUUGUAAAGAAAAUCAAAGGGAAACUCUUUAAAAUCACUUCAUUUAAAAGGGGAAUGAGAUUCAAACCAGUGCGUUGUCACAUUUGCCUCACUUUGUGCACCGAAAAGCAAAUUYGCCUUGCUUUCCCGUAUUUUUAUUUUAUCCUUAUUUUUUUAUUUCUUUUCCUGAAAAUCACAAAGCUUAGUGUUAUUCCUAUCACACCGAGCAACUGAGAAUUCAACCACGGGCGAAAGUAAUGAGAUCAAAUUCCAUUGCUGAAAUGGUACGGAGAGAGAGGCAACAUAAGCAAUUACAGCACAAUUCAAAUUGCUGGUACAUUGGGGGAGUCUGGAGCGGGGCUCGUGCAGGGGGAAAAGCCAAUUUACUGCUGUCAUACCCUCUCACUUUUUAUCCUUAGGAGAUCUGUUUUCAGGGCUCCUUCCCCAACAUGUACUUUAGAUAUUUUGAGAGCAAAUUGAAGAGAUAGGGAUGGACACACGAGGCCGUUAAAACCCACUGGCUGCUAUGAUCAUUGAGCAGCACAUUUAGCCAUUCUCUCUGCCUGAAAUAUCUUUUGCUGAUGGUAAUGGUUUUUCSUCUUAUGGCUCAUUUUCCUGUGAAAUUAGGGAGCUGCACGAACGCCGGUAAAGAGAAGUACGGGGAAGUUUUAAGACAGGAGGGAUAAACUUGUCUGAUCUGAUGAUCAGGCUUGAGCUCUGCAAGAAGAGUUUUUUUUCCCCCCAUCAUGUGGAUUCACAUUUAUAAGUCUUUUUAUGCAAUGUCAUAGCAUGGGGAAGUUUCUUGGAGGUAUCACAAAGGAGAUCCCACUGCUGGAUUUAUUCAUAGAAUGGGUUAUUACCAUGAACUUUGUAGGCAAAUGGAUGGAGACAGAAUGGCACUGGAAGCAUGCGAGCGCUGCUCCACUGAGUCCAGGUCUUUCUUUUCAUUUUCCAGAAGUUGAUGUUAAACUUUAAUUGGAUGUUGUGAGGUCAAUAGAUAUGCAGUGACUGUUGCUUGCUUUAAGGCAACGUGGCAUCAUGCUGGUUUUUCCCCCAACUGUAUUCCUGUUGAGAGAAGCAACAGAGUGGAAGAGGGAAAAGGUCAGUUUGCUAGCUCUAAAAAUGGCUGCAAGCUUAGUUAACGAAAACAAGUAAUUGUUUGGACAGAAUACCUGAACUUAAACUACAUUUUGAUAAGCAGCCAGUGUUAUCGUUUGUUUACUUGACCUCAGAAAUAGACAAGCCAAACAUGCAAAAUGAUACAUGAUUCAGUAUGAAGUCACACAUCAGUAACAGCAGCUCUGGAUGGAAUCCAGUGUGYUCAGGCCUUAAAGGGAUACUUCAGAUCUUUUGAAGCGGGGUUCUGKGGAAACAUUAUGAACACUUAUAAUCUUACCUGUUGUGGAUAGCUGUUUGGAUGAUAUCUGAGAAAGAAAUGGUGAUUAUUUUGACCAGAUUGAUCAACGAGACUGAGUGAGGUCAAGACCAAAGUGUGUUACUGUCAUUUUAAAACAACUCCAGUUUCCCAAAUUUUGUAAAGAUUUUACGCAAACACAAUUGUUUGACCCUUUUGAUUGCCAUCAAUUUUGCAGUAGUUUGCAUAAAAUUCUGUGGGGAUUUGUUAGUGCAAACUGUAGCAAUUUGUGCUUUCUUGUGACAGUUCCAGCAGGGAUACCAUAGCUCUUCUGCCAGAACAUUCAUGUAGAACAGAGGUGGGCUGUUCAUUUCCUCAAAGGGCCUCUUAGGUAACUGGGACUUUUGCAGAAGACCAGACCAACAGGCUAAACCUAAUUAUGCAAAAAUAAAAAUAAGAUACCAUACAAAUCUGAACUGGUUGUAUUGAGAAUUUCAAUUUUAAAUUUGUGAUUAUGGUAGCAGAGUUUACCAAACAUCUUUUUGAAAACUCCCCAUCAGAGAACAUUUGAUUUUUUUCCCUAUUCUAUGACAUAAAACCAGUUUCAAAAUAAAAGCUGAGUUUUCUGACUGUAAAGAGAUGGUAAAUGGAUCAGAUGUGGCUCAUGAGUCAGAAAUGCCUAGCUCUGGUGUUUUAUCAGAACUGAUGGCGAUGUACAGAUUUGCACAAUAAUGUUUACAUGAACUGCUUUGUCAUURUUGUGUUUUAUUUUAGACUGAAGAGACCUAAAACAGCCGCAAAACAUUUUAUUUUUAGCCUCUCUCUGACUAGCCAUUAGCUCAUUAAUCAUGUCAGAAUUAAACAUUUCUCUUCCAAAAGGAGUCCAUUCUAAGAUCUAUCUACAACAGGUAAGAUAUUGUUUAUCACCCAUCCACAGAAGCCCAGCUUCUAAAGAUCAGAACGAUCUCAUGUUAACAUGAGUUUACAUGUAUUUCCAAAUUUUAGUAGGUUUGUUUAUAUUUGUAAACUAUGUAAAGUUAUUGUUCAUGUCAAACAUGGGUCCUGUUUAUGGAGGAGUUUUAAAGAAGAAAAGUUCUCCGUUCAUAAAUAUGAAUCUUGCUGGGGGGGAAGCAAAGUUGUAAAUAUUUCCUAAAUUAAACAGUUUGUAGUGUAAAGUGGUGAGACUCUGUACAGUCCUGUUUCACAUGUUCACUCUCCUGUAAAAACAUCCAACAUGGCAAAUAAUUCUGACUAUAACGUGUUUUGACUGUCAUUUUGUGCCAUAGCAACAACUAUGACAAUUUGUUCAAAGAAUAAAGGUCUCAUUGGAUUUUUU